AUGAAACUGCAUCUGGCCACCGGCUUGGUGUUUUUCCUUGCGACCGCAGAAGCUGUAGGAGCUUCUAGCUGGUGGAGCAAAGCUGUUUACAAUAAAUGGCAUGAGACAGAGCUUGAGAGAUGGCUCUCGGAUCAUGACAUUCCUUACCCUACUCCCGCCGACCGCAGGGACCUCGAAAACUUGGUCAAGUCCAACUGGGACGCCAAGGUCCAGAAGCCCCUCGGGUCAAUCACUGAUCAGGUCUCGGACGAUCUUCACCAUGCCAAAGAAUGGGUGUUCGAUACCUGGUCGGACUCGCAACUCAAAUCAUUCCUCGAUUACCACGGCAUUCCAGCCCCUCAGCCCCGCAAGCGCGACGCCCUCAUCAAGACCGCCCGCGAAAAUUACGAAGCUGUCGCAAAGAAAGUUGGCGAGACGGCCUCAUACCCUGGUAACUGGUUGUACGGACAAUGGUCCGAGUCCGACCUGAAGGAAUGGCUCGACGAGCGCGGAUGGCCGGUCCCUCAGCCUACCACCCGCGACAAGCUCAUCGCCAUGGUGCGCCGCAACUCCCGAAGUGCUAGUCUCCAGGCACGCGCCCUCACCGCUUCGGCCAUUGCGUCUGCUGAAGCCGCGAAAGCAUCGCUGAGUGAAGAACUAUUCAACGCCUGGUCCGACUCCAAGCUGAAGGAGUUCCUUGAUGAGCAUAAUGUGCGAGUGCCGCAGGGUUCCAAGCGCAAUGAGCUCAUUGCCCUUGCUCGCAAGCAUCGCGCUUACUUGCUUGACCAAGCUGCCAGUGCAUCCGCUGCUGCCUCCGAGGCUGUCGGUGCCGCUACUACCAGGGCCGGAAAUGAGUAUGCUCGGGCAACGGAAGACGUUAAGCUCAAGUCGGAGGAUGGGUUCAAUGCUGCUGUCAAGACCUGGUCGGAUUCCCGCCUCAAGGCGUUCCUGGAUGCUCGUGGUGUCCCGGUCCCCCAGGCUGGUAAACGUGAUGAACUUGUCGCCGCUGUUCGUGCUAGUGCGCACCGAGCUGCUGGUGGAUGGAACGAGUACAACUUUGAUACCUGGGACAAGGAGCACUUGCUCAAAUAUUUGUCCGCUGUCAACGCCAAGGCUGCGAAAAAGGCCGAUGCUUCUCGGGAAGAACUGGCCAAGUCUGCCCAGGAAAACUACGUCAAGGCCUCCAAGCUCGGCGGCGAGAAAUACGCAUCCGCUAGUGCUGCUGCGGCACAGGCUUCGGGUCAUGUUAAAGAUGCCACCUUUGACCAGUGGUCGCAAUCUGAGCUCAAGAAGUACCUGGACUCGUACGGUAUCCCUGUGUACCAAGGUUCUAACAUCAACGAGCUCCGCGCUGCGGCUCGCCGUCAUGCUACCUACUUCAAGUAUGGCACAAAUAACCCCCAGGACACUAUUUAUGCCAAGGUCGUGGAUACCUUGCAGUGGGCUUUGGAGCAGCUCAAGAUCGGUGCUUCCAGCGGUCGGGCCCAAGGUCACGAAGCCGCCGAGAAAGUCCGCGAGAAGGCAUCCGAGCAGACUGAGCGCGUUCGCAGUGAGCUGUAA